AUCAGGGCAGAGAGGUGGAAGGACCGUGCGAAGAUGUAGCAAACAACGGAAACAACUGUUUCAACGCUCUGUAUUUUUUUUUACCCUCUGUGUGUUUAACUUUUUUGUACUUUUUUUUAGUAACUCUUGUCUUUUCACGACGAUUUCCCCACUUUACGGUUCGAGUCUUGUAUCCUUGGCAACGCGAACAACUGUCCUGCGAAGUUUGGAUCAAGUGUUUUACCUUCAGCCGGAAAAUAAACUGGAUAUUUACUCGCUUCGCCAACGGAACUGAAUCAGCGCUUCAUGUGACCGUUUAUGACAGCGGCUGGGGCAGUUUUUACCCACGUUUCGCAGAUUUUUUUCAAGUUUUAAACCCGGUGUUUAGGGAAACGGGACAGCGCGAGACAAUAGUGUGUAGGAGAGAGCUCGUGCAAGAGGGGGGAUCGAUGCCUCGCGGGGGCUUUGUUCUGUCCUGUGUGGAGACCUACCGCGAGCCUGCCGCGGACAUCGACUGAUCGAUCUUUGGAUUAAUGAUAGGUUGGUGAUCGAUAAGUCGUUUGCGCAACCAUGGAUGUGACUCUGUCCGAGUUAUUGGCCACUUUCAUGGAGUCGCCGCUGGUGGUCUGGGUGCGGACUUUGGGUCCUCUGGGUUCAUGUGAUGAAGUGGGCUCUGAGGAACGGGUCAACAUGUUCAUGGAGCUUGUGGAUGGCGUCUUCCUGCACAAGAUCAUGACACACAUUGACCCGAGCCCAACCAAUCAGAGGCUGAACAAGAAUGUGAACAAUGAUGUUUCUCUGCGACUUCACAACCUGACUGUUCUCACCCGACAAAUCAGGAUGUACUACCAGGAGACAUUACAGCAGCUCGUAGUCAUGCCCCUUCCCAACAUCCUUUGCAUCGCCAAGGAUCCGAUAUCAGCUAAAAGCAUGGAAGAGCUGAAAAGACUUCUGUUGCUGUUACUUGGCUGUGCUGUACAGUGUGAACGCAAGGAGGAGAUGAUAGAGAAGAUCAAGCUGCUGGACAUUGAGACCCAAGCUGCCAUCGUCUCUCACAUCCAGGAGGUUACACACAACCAGCUGAAUGUUCUUGAUCUGUCCUGGUUGGAGGAAGGAACUGAGCUUGUACAUGAAGAACUGGAACCUAUGUCCCGCAACAUGGCUGUGUCGCUACGGCAACUGAUUGAUCAGAGAGAUAAGGCCAAUGAGUUUAUAGUGGAUCUGACUCAGGAGAGGGAUUACCUGUCCAGUCAGCAGCCCCAGGAAGGGUGCAGAUCCCUGGGUUUGAGUAGCUCUGAACGUGGGCAAAGUUCUGGAGAUGCGAGAGUGAACAGUGGAGGAUCAGCUGCGACUGUACCUGGGCUGACUAAAGAGGAAAAGCAGCAUCUGUCGGUGGAGCUUGCUGAUACCAAGGCCAAGCUGCGCAGAUACAGACAAGAACUGGAGGAGAAGACAGAGCAGCUGAUGGAUUCAAAACAUGAGGUGGAGCGUCAGGAUCAGGAAUUACAGCGACUGAAACAAGAGAACCAGUCGCUGUCUUGUGAGGCCCGUUCAGUCCGGGUGUACAGGGACGAGGUGGACGCUCUGAGGGAAAGAGCAUCCCGGGUCGAUCGACUUGAGACUGAGCUGACGAGGUGUAAAGAAAAACUCAAUGAUGUCCAUUUCUACAAGACCAGAGUGGAGGAGCUGCGUGAGGACAACUUGACGCUUAUGGAAACAAAGGUGUUAUUGGAAGAACAGCUGUCAGCCUCCAGGGGGCGCUGUGAUAAACUACACACACUGGAGAAAGACAACCUGUUAUUGCGAGCUAAAAUUCAUGACCUGGAGAUGGAGAGGGACAAUGAACGCCGGCGACUAGAGGAGCUGGUGGAGGAGAACAUGCUUCUAGAAAUUGGACAGAAACAGAGUAUGAAUGAGUCUGCUCACCUCGGCUGGGAGCUGGAACAGCUGACCAAAAACCAUGACAACACUAACACAGAAACCCGUAAAUCAUUGGUCCAUGAGCUGAAUGAGUGUGUCUCCAGUCGGGUCUUGAAGCUGGAGAAGGAGAACCGUGAGCUGCAGGCUUCAAUAGAAAGACUAAAAGAGGACAACCACCUCCUGCAGGAGCAGCAACUCCACUCCCAGGAACUGGAUAGGGAAAACCAGAGUCUAAGCAAGAAGCUGGAGCGUCUUCAGGGGCUGUUGGACCAAGAGAAACUGACCAAUCAGGACAUGGAGUCUCUAGGAGAGGAAAUCCUGAAAGAAAAACAGAAUCUGGAGAGAGAAAUUCAUGCUCUGAGAGCACAAAAGGACAGACAGAUCUCAGAGUUGGAGAAUGAGAAGCAACACCUCUCAGAUGCUGUGGCCUCUCUUCGUGAUCGGGCUCAGUCCAACAGUGAAGCCAGGGUCCGAGAGGUGGAGGCACAGAACCGUCUACUACACCAGAACAUCACGGACACCAGCUCUCGGGUGGCUAGCUUGGAGACUGAACUCAAACUAGCCAGUGAGGAGGCAAAGAGGCUGAGGGAGAAGGCGGGUCGAUGCGAGGAGGUGGAAAGAGAGGCUGCAAGACUGGAGAGGAGCAGGGACUCUCUGAACAGAGAGGUGGCCUCUCUGCGUGCAUGUAGUGAGCGGUCAGAGACUCUGGAGAAGCAGGUGUCCUCUCUGGAGCAGGAGGUGCACAAGCUGAAGCGGGAGGCAGAUGAAGCCCAGCGAGAGCUCCAGCGACUGGGUAAACAUGAGGCAGAAAGUGGCCUUCUAACAAAGGAGAACCUGGACCUGCGCUGCUCCCUGGAAAACCUGCGCUCCUCAUCUGCACGUCUGGCCACAUUACAAGAGGAACAUAAGGAAGCUCAGAAAGAAGUACAGGAGCUACAGCGGAGGAUAGAAGAGGCCAGAGAGGAGGCACAAGGAGAGAGAAAAAGGGCAGAAAGGCUAGAGUUAAACAUUGCAUCUCUGAACCAGGAGAAGCAUCGAUUGGAGGAGCAAAUAGAGAGGAGCAAAGAGGAGAAGGAAGAAAUAGACAGAGAAAGACAGGAAGCACAAAGCAAAGAAGAGGAACUCAGGAGAGAAGUGGAAGAGCUGAGGGAGGAGAGGAAACGGAGGGAGGAUGGAGACGAGGAGAGGAGGAAGCUCCAACUGGACCUGGAGCAGUCAGAGAAGGGCAGGAAGCACCUGGAGAAAGAGAGCUGGAGGAUGAGAACACUGCUGGACAGUAAAGACUCAGAGCUGGAGGAGAAAACCAGGCAAGUGAAUACACUGAAGAAAGAGGGCCUGGCACUGAGUAAGGAAGUGGACAGACUGAAGGAGACUGCAGUCAAAGCCAAGGAGGUGGAGAAGGAGAACAAGGAGCUGCAGAAACAAGCAACCAUUGACAAGAGAACUCUUGCUACUUUGAGAGAGGAGCUGGUGUCAGAGAAGCUCAGUGUUCAGCAGCUAAGUGUUGAGUUAGAGCAACUCAAUGAAGAGCUCGAGAAGGUUGGACUGAACAGAGAGAAACUACUGCAGCAAGAGCACACACUGGAGGACAGCAGGUACAGGCUGCUAGAGUCUCGUUUGGAGGAAACUGUCCAACAGACAAUGAAGCUUAAGGAGGAGAAAAUAUCCAGCCUAGAGAAGAAACUAGAAGAAAGCAAUGCACUCAACACCACACUACGUACUGAGCUAGCCGCUUCUCGCCAAACAGUGUCUUCCCUUCAUCAGAAACAGGAGCAGGAACAAAACCACAAUUCCCAGAAGCACUCAGGAAGAGACCACGGUCAAGGGUCGGCUACUGCUGAACUGCUCCGACUUAAAGAUCAUCUCAUUGACGUAGAGAAGAAUAAUGCCUCCCUGCAGACGGAGAACAGUCUGUUGAAGGAGCAGCUAAAACAGCUGGAGAACCAAAACACUUCUCAGAACAACCAAAUGGUGACGCUGCAGCGGCACACCAGCACCCUGCAGGAGCAGAAUUCAUCUUUGCAUACACAGACAGCUAAACUCCAGGUGGAGAACUCAACACUUUCUUCCCAGAGUGCAUCUCUCAUGGCUCAGAAUGCUGUGCUGCAGGGUCAGGUAACUGCUCUGGAGACGGAAGCAGAGUCAUGGCAGCGCCAGCGUGAGGAGGCAUGGCGAGGUAGAGAGAGUGUACUCAGUGACCACGAACGGCUGCUGAGUGUACAUGAGAGGCAAGCGCAUGAGUAUGAGCAGUUGAUCAGCCAACACGCUGCGCUGAAAAGCAAGCAGAGGGGGCUAGAAAGUGAACACAGGGCGCUACACAACAAAUAUUGCGUGUUGCUUCAGCAGAAAGACAAGUGGGAGGAGCAGGAGGGGCGAGGUCAGAAGGAGAAGGAGGAGCUAAACCAGGAGAUCCAAAAGAAUCGCCUGCUGCAACAGGAGAAUCUGCAGCUAAAAACAGACGUUGACAGGUUGACAGAAAUCCAGUCACAGCAGUCAGAGCAAAGUGAGGGGCUCCAGCAACGCAUGAACGACCUCAAGAGCUCAUUAAGCACUGCUCAGCUAGAAGUCAGUCGAUGGAUGGCACGAUAUGAUUCAUUAAUGGAGCAGCACCAGGGCCUGGAUCUGACCAUGACCAAACUAGACAACCACUGCGAGCUGUUGAGUCGACUGAAAGGGAACCUGGAAGAAGAAAACCACCACCUCCUGAGUCAGAUCAACCUGUUGAGUCAACAGAACCACACUCUGCUGGAGAGAAGCAUGGAGAGCAAGGAGCUCUACCAUCAGGAGCAGAAGUUAUACAUUGAUAAGCUGAAUGCUCUUCGACGCCAGAAAGAGAAAUUGGAGGAGAAGAUCAUGGACCAGUACAAGUUCUAUGACCCAACACCUAAAAAGAGGAGUCAGUGGUCCGGAGCCAAAGCUUUAGUCAAACUGAUCAAACCCAGAAAGGAGAGCAGCAGAGAGAGAGUGGGAGACCGAGACAAGGAUGGUGGCAAAGACAGAGAAAGAGCAAAGAGUGCCCCAGAUAUCCCCCUGCCUGCACCACCUCCCCUGCUCCCCCCUGAGACCCCUCCACCAGUUCCUCAGAGGACAUUAAGUGACAGCCAAGACACCAGUCACACCCACAGUAACCAUAACAACCACACCUCCAGCCCCAGCCUGGGACCUCGGAGUCCCGCACUCACACCCAUAAACCGAGGUGUGACUGACAGGGGUUGUGGCGUUUAUCGCAGCAGUACUCCUGGAGGCAGCAGUGAGAGCGUUAAUGGAGAAGACAGCCACGGACAAGGUCAAACCUACAAGGCACUGAGCUCUACUCCUAAUAAUCAGUCAUCCUCAGCAGGUCUAACAAACAACUCCAGACUCGGACAAGUCCCCAGUCGCAGGCCCAGAGGUCUAUUAUAUGAUGAAGAUUCUCGCCACAACUCCUCCGACUUAGUUUUUGGUCACCAUGGCAACACAGGAGGACGCCCAGGCUCCGCCGACUUCAGCCACAACACCUCCAGCUCCAAUUCACCUGUCAACUGUAGAGACUCCUCAGAUCGUCAGGUUCGCUCGGCAAGUCUCUCUAGUGAUGAUGUCAUGGGUCUGAGCCAAUCACAGCAGACUCUGUCACGUAGCUCCACCCUCCCAUAUGACCACACACCUCAGAGGGCCCAGCCGCAGCGUGGAGGCCCGGCUAGGAGUAAGACCCGCCCGUCAUCUCCUGGGAGUGAGAUGGUGACGCUGGAGGAGUUUUUGCACGAAAGCAACCUACAGUCGCCUCCUAUGGUGUCUACAGGGAGCAGGGAGGACCUGAUGACAGAUUAUUUCCGAAGUCCCGCCCCUUCGGCCCCUGCUGGCAGAGAUCAGGUCACCCCCACCAGUUAUGUCACACCUACAGUGCAGUCAUCCAACCAAAGGCCGGGCCAGAGCGUGAAGCCAUCACCCCGCCAGCCUGUUGGCCAGUCCCCCGCCUCAGCCCAGCCCCUCACCCAGAGAACCAGCCAAUCACUGAGCAGGACCUUCAGCCUGGCCUCUGCUGAUUUGCUGCGCUCCAAUGGACCUGACAGUUUCCGUGGAAAUGAAGGAUCGCCUGGUCAAUCAGAUGUGGUUGUUCGGCGGCAAGGUGGUGGGGCGAAUGGCAGAGAGCGGCCUCUGUCUGCUCGCUUGGCUGGUCCAACCAAUCAGCACGGAGAUGCAAGCUUUCUGCACACACCCAUUCACCACUCAUCCUCUCUCAACCUGCAGACAGAAAGAUUCGCAGAGAGGGAACGAGUGAGGACGUCCUCCACCCGCAAUGGGCCCACCUCAUCCUCUACUUAUCAUCACCGUGGAGAAGUUGCCAUGGUAACACCUGUCAGGGCUGUGCCUGCUACACGGUCAGAUGAUGUCCCGGACCAAGGAGAGGGGUUAAGGGAGGGGCGCUCUGGUGACUCCACCCACAUAAAAAAAGACAGCGAUAGAGCCCGGUGUAGCUCUGUUGAACGGCCUAAAAGCACACCUGCUUCCCCUGACCCCAACAACGAUCCUCAAACUGUGUGGUAUGAGUACGGCUGCGUCUAAACAUGUAAAGUACUGUGCCUACACAUGAGAACCAAAAAGUUUAAGCAGAAGCCUGAAUCCUGGAGCUUUAUGUGCCGAGAAGCAUCCAAACCCUCUGAUGAAAGUAAUCAGGCUGUGGAUGGAACAAAUGGUGUAACUCCUAAAACUCCUUCUUAAGAAUCAACCACUUAAUCAUGGAAAGCUACAUCUAAAAAUAUCUCAGUGCAGAGGAGGAUAGAUGGAUUUUAUGAAAUGAACGUGUGAGUGAUUAAAGGAAAACAAACAGGACUCCAUACAGCACCUGCCAACAAAACAUUUCACUUGAAAGCUUUCUGAAGCUAACAAGUUGCACACAGACCGGAGUAACUGGAAUUAUGGAGUCACUUUCCACCAAAUGUGGCAUCACAAGCCUAGUCUCUUCUAAGAUAAUGCAGAAUACCCACAGUGCUGCUGGGAUGAUGAGAAAACACCAGAAACAUUACAGGUCUGACCUUAGGCACCGAUGGUUUUUAAUGGUUUAGACUUGAACAUGACGACACUAUCGAUUAUCAUUCUUUAAGUGCUGGAAUUCUGCUAUUUUUUAUCACCAUGUGAAUGGUCAUCCAGCCAAUAGCCAGAGUCCAAAUGCUGGGAUGUUCUUUAAAGGAAAGGAGUUACCAGCAAAACGAUCUGGAGUGGAUGUUUUUAAACAGCUCAAUCUGUUGAGUACCAUCUAGGUUUUACAGCUAAUUGAUGAAUGAGUGUUGAUUUUAAGGUAGUAAAAUGGAGAUGGGGAAUGUGAAUUCUUGUGUUAGAGGAUUCAUAACACUUAAAACCUGCGGGAACAGAGGACAAGUGCUACAUGCAUAGUUGUGGACCAGAACACUAAGGAUGGGCUUUGUCUAUGAGCUGGAACUCUUUGACUGAUUGAAAUGCUGUCUGGCCCCACAAAUUACAACAUGGAUGCAAACAGGUUGCCAGAAAUUAGACUGCGCCAGGCCCCAUCAGAAAUGGAGCACCAGAAUGAGGCAGGAGGGUAGGACUGCCGGGGAGGGAGGGGGUUGAUUGUACUGAAGUGAAGGCGACCAGAAGCACCAGAGUGACUGAAUGUAUGAGGUUUUUCUCCUUUACUUUGUCUUCCUCCUCCUCUAUUAUCUAGAACAAACACUGGAAAAGACCAACGAGGGGGGAUGAGAGGGGGAGAGGGAGAUUCUGGCAAAAAGAGAAAGAGUGAAUGAGUGAGCAGUGGAUAAAGAGAGUAAAUAAAAGGAUGCGGUGAUGCAGAGAUUGGUGGAAGGAUGGAGGGACAGGAGGACGCAGAGAUAAACAGACAGAGAUGGAGGGGCUCCUCCCAGUUAAAUUACAGCCUUUGUCCCUCCAUCUUUAGAUUCUGUCCCAGCAUGCAACACUCUGACACUUUACUGGAAAUGUUGCUUGGCCUGAGCCAACACUAGUUUGACAAACAAGCACACAUUCUCUCUCUGACACACAUACAUUUAUAUAUAAUCAUACAGUAUAUACAGACACAGAGGCAUCGUCCUUGGAGGGGUUGGCUGUGGGUUUUUUAACCAUUGAGCUGGACUUAAUUCACACACACACACACACACACGCACACCACUGGCUAAACCACUGUGUUUUGUUAGGGUGUACAGCUGCACGCUAACUUAGCCAGACAGUAGGCACUGCAUAGCAGGGGGACAGAGGCUGAAUGCACAUCCACUGUGAUCUGUCAUCAUGCAGACUGUAGGCAACACGUGUGUUAUGGCAAUAGUUUCCUGAGAAUUUUCAUGACAACAGAACAGCAGAAUGUUUUUGGUUGUUCUGAUUGUGGACAUAGGUAUUAUGCAAUAAGAAAUCACCCAAGUGUCUCCAGUAAAGCUUUGACUUAAUAAACAUCGAACCACCAAGUGAAAUUUGUUUAAGAAAAUUACAAUAUUCAACUACUGCAAUAUGUUUCAGAAAACUUUAUUAAUCCUAGAGGAGAUUGUGUUAUGGUGUUACUCCUUUGAGCCAGGAUCUCAGUAUCAACCCAGUACAAUCCACUGCUCCACCAGCUGAGCUAUCGAAGGGAGCUUAUAGUGUUUUCAGCAGUUUGUGUGACUGAUUUAAAAAGAAAAUAGUAUUCAUAGAAGGGCUACACAGUAUGGAAAAUACUGACACUGCAAGUUUUUUAUAUUGCGAUAUUGAAGAUAUACAGGAAUUUCCACCUUAUGAUUUGAACUGCUCUCAAAUGAUUGGGAGAAUACAUCAACUGCUGAUACUGGUUUUUUUGACCAAAUCUUUCCUUUGUGUGAUCAUCAUUUUCAGGUUGUGACCAAUGACCUACUUUAGUUAUUUAGUCAUAAUGUGACUAUCAUGCAUAUGUAACUAAGGGUUAGUACUAUGACUAUUUUUCCAGUCCAUGUUCAUGAAAAUGAUGGAGUAACUUAUUAUUCAACUCACUUUUCUAAUGCUGAUGGCUAAAUAUCAUUGCAUGGUGCAGGAGUCAGAAGUCAACUGAAGACACAUGGGUGAUUCUAAUAGAUGACUAAUAGGAGAAUAUGCAUUAGUUGGGAUCCAUUGUAACAGAUAGAGGAAGAGGAGGAAGACUAUGGGAAAGGACUGUUAGAGAUGAUGAUGUUCAUGAAAAAUGAACCGGACUGAUCUUUAGUCUAUACUGCUGAUUGUACAUAGAGAUCUGUCCAUCCUGCAUGAGACACAAACCUUCCUAAAAGCACUAGAACGAUGAUGAUGAUGAGGAGGAGGAGGAAGAGUCAACACUGGAGCCGUGAAUGAAGAUUCGGCUGUAGCACACAGGACUGGAAUGAAUCACUAUUUUCACCUGCUGAACAGAAGCACAUGUCGAUAUGCAACGAGCUAAAUUAUUUUACCUGUAACAUUUGUAUAUGACCAUACCUCCGGCUGUGAAAUACUACAACCGGAAACGGACUUUUAUACUGAUACCAAAAAACCCCAAAUCAUCAGCUCCUGUAAACUGGUAAAAAUGUGAUUUCACUGUGGUAGAUUUGUAGAUACGUUUUUGAUAAUGAAAAACUAUUGAGUAUUGAGAUCCUGUUAGCUGAAGCCAUGCGAUGUGACACUGUGGGGCGAUGCUCAGUACUUCUCCAACCAUCUAUUUACCUGUUGUUUACUUCUGUGUGUUUGCUUAUUCCUGCACUUACGGCGUCUUUGCGUUAUUGCUUUCCAAAGCCCUUCAGGACAUUUCUAUGCGAGUGUGUGUCUGUGUGUGUGUAUGUGUCAGCCAGUUUCAGUUUGCUGAGGUCAAAAGGAAAAAAUAUUGGAUUUCCAGUAGCAUUUUUUUUUUUUUCCCUGAAACGACAUCCACAAACGGAGUAGUUUCAUAUGCGUGUGUGAGUCUUGCAUUUCCUUUCUGAACUGUGUGUGUGUGUUUGCAUCCUGUCUGUCUGUUUGUCUAUCUCAGUGUCAUUAAGUUUUGGGAGCUGUUUUUUUCCCUUAUCUCUGUCUGUUGGUUGCUCUGCCGCAGCAUUGUUGUGCAACUCACAACUGAAUGAAAGACGCAAUAAUAGGAGUGAUAUCAAAUAUCAGCAGUGUGAGAUGAGAGAAGUGAAAGCAGAAGGUGAAGUGGAUCGGACGUCACUGACAUUUCCUGCUGCGACAACUGGAAUAACUGCUCUAGUAGUUUGCUUUAUUACCGUCGCCCACUGCUGUGCUGUGACUGCUACUGUGCUUUUUGUUAAAAGGCUACUAGUUUGAACCAGUAGAACCUGAGGCUGAUAUUACUAAGAGCUUUUUGGUAAUAAACAUCUAUGAACUUGAA